AGCCGUCUUACGAGAUACUGAACUUUGUGGAUGAUAAGUUUAGUACGGUCGGUACUUGGACCAACUCAUCAGGCCUCCAGAUGACACAAAACAUGCAGUUUUUUGACGGAACCAAUAUCGUUCCAACUGGUGUUAAUAAGAAUCUGGUAGAUAGACACUUAAGAUUAGGGACAGUCGAGGAGAAACCUUUCAUGUUUCAUUCCACAAAGGAAUGCGAAGGAAAUGCCUGCUGGUCGGGAAUGGUUAACGACAUGGUGGUACGGCUAGCUGAAGAGUUGUCUUUCACAUAUGAGUACAUUUCCCCCGCUGAUUUAAAGUUUGGAGCAAAAAACGAGACUACCAAGGAAUGGAAUGGGAUGAUCGGAGAUCUGCUAGCGGAUAAAACUGACAUAAUAGCCAUCGACCUAUCAACUAACUCAGCCAGAAAAACUGUCAUUGAUUUCAGCUUCGCGUUUAUGGACGCAGGCUUAAAAGCGGUGGUGAAGGGUGAAUCAAAGACAGGUAACAAAUACUUCUUUUUGUCUCCAUUCGACCCUCUCGUCUGGUUGAUGGUUCUGCUUUCAUAUUUCAUCCUGGUUGCUCUCAUCUCCUGCAUUGGUAAGUUUUCUCCCUAUAGUAAGUAUGGAACUAAACUUUACGCCGUGAAAACGUGUUCUUGUAACGAAUGUACAGGACAGAGAGAUGAAAUGAAGAAGAGACGGUGCUCAAUACAUGGUAAUAAGCUAUACGGUUGUCUGAUAGACAAGGCAGAGGAAGAGGGUAAAAGUGAUGAGGCUUCCUUUAUCAGCUCGUUGUGGAUGAUGGCCACUGGUGAAGUGGAAUUGUCAAUUCCCGCACUCCCUUGUAUAUCCGGACGGUUCCUCAUCAUUAUUUGGUGGACUUUCAUGUUGGUUGUAACCUCCAUGUACACCGCUAACCUCACUGCCUCCCUUACUCUCAGUAACCUCGGCACUUCUUUGAAGACAGUCCUUGAUUUACUGGCACAGGAUACGUACCAGUGGGGGGUUAUUGGGAGCAGACAUCCUGAGACUCUUCUGAAGACGCACAUGGACACCAGAUACUUGAGAAUUGCUAAUGAGGGAAUAAAGUUACAGAACGUUUCAGAUGCCCUGGAUACAGUACGUCAAGGUAACUUUGUCUUCAUAGAUGAGUCGCCCGUCCUGGCAUACAAUCUCGGAGGGGACUGUGAUAUAUUUUCUGUCGGAGAAGAGUUUCAAUCCUUUGCGUACGCUUUUGGUUUACCAAAAGACUCUCCGUAUGAAACUAUUAUAGACACAUAUCUCCUAAAGUUUAGAGAAGAAGGUUUUAUUGACAGUCUGUGGGAAAAGUGGACAGGGGGAGCUACCGUUUGUUCCACAUCAGUCAUGGCAGAGAAGGGUACGUUGGAUCUGGACACUUUAGCGGGAGUGUUUUAUUUACUUAGUGCAGGAGUCGCGAUUUCUUUCAUCCUGUUUUUGGUUGAGUUUGUAUAUGUUUCUGUUAAUGAAUCAAUGCAGAUCGACGGCCUAACUUUUAUGAAGGCUUUGAAAAGACGCUUUAGAUUUAUCAGCAAUGAUUUGUCAAACGGAAGAAAACUUCAUGAUCAGAAUUCAGAUAAUUAG